CAACGGACUACCAUUUGAUACUUGUAUUUUUUCUGUGGCACACUCCUUCUCUAGAUGUAGGUCAUUAGGCUUAGCGUAUAUACGGUAGAGUAACGAAUCAAGAUUCUACUUUUUUUUCCUAAGCCAGUCUAAUUUGUAACCAUAUAGAUAGAGACAAAUAUAUAUUGGGAGAGAGAAAAAAAAAAGGGAGAGAUAGAGAGAGAAAUGGAGAGAGACUGCGAAAUGAAGCAAUCAAAAUUCAAGAGGAUUUGUGUUUUCUGUGGGAGUAGCCAAGGCAACAAGACUAGCUAUCAAGAUGCUGCUAUAGAGCUUGGCAAAGAAUUGGUCUCAAGGAACAUUGAUUUGGUCUAUGGAGGGGGCAGUAUAGGUCUAAUGGGAUUGGUUUCACAUGCUGUUCACAAUGGUGGUCGGCAUGUCAUUGGAGUUAUUCCCAAGACGCUCAUGCCCCGAGAGUUAACUGGUGAAACAGUGGGGGAAGUGAAGGCAGUUGCAGAUAUGCAUCAAAGGAAGGCGGAGAUGGCUAGGCACUCGGAUGCUUUUAUUGCCUUACCAGGUGGUUAUGGCACUCUUGAGGAGCUACUUGAGGUUAUAACCUGGGCUCAACUUGGCAUUCAUGACAAACCGGUGGGAUUGCUGAAUGUGGACGGAUAUUACAAUUCGUUACUGUUAUUUAUUGACAAAGCUGUGGAAGAAGGCUUCAUUAGUCCCAGUGCACGCCACAUCAUUAUAUCUGCACCAACUGCAAAGGAGUUGGUCAAGAAAUUAGAGGAUUAUGUCCCUCGGCAUGAAAGAGUUGCUUCAAAGUUGAGCUGGGAGAUCGAGCAGCUUGGCUACCCUAAAAAAUAUGGCAUCUCCAGAUGAAAAAGGAGUUGCUGAGCAGAAGAGCUUAUUAGAUAGAAAUUUGGCAGGUGAUAGAGCUAACUUGAAGAUCUUAGAUUUUUGAUUUGGGGGAAAUCUUUUUUUUGUAAAUUACUGCUGCAAAUCACCUAAAAUAUGUGAAACUUCAAUAUUCCGUUUGCUUGGAAGUUUGAUUUCGCUUGAGCUGUAAGCACCAGAUGCAUAUGAAAUUCUCUAAUAUAUGAUAAUUUAACUGUU